GUGAUGGAUGAGUGAGUGAGUAUAAAAGGCGAAGGUUGUAGAUCCGUUGACUCACUCUCGCCCUAAUCAUCAAAUCAGUAGUAAUCAGCAGUAAUCGUCAUAACAAGGAAGGCACCGCCUCUUGCGUGUGUUGUAUAAUAAUAUUGGCAAUGUCAAUGAACAUGAGAUCGGUGCUUCUCACUCGGGGAUUCGUGACUCGCUUCAUGGACUCAACAUCUCGCGGUGCUUUCUCUCGUUUCUACAGCGACAAAGGUAGGGUUCUCAGCGAAGAGGAGCAGGCCAAAGAGAACGUCUACAUCCAGAAAUGGGAGAGAGAGAGGUUGGAGAAACAGAAGCAGCAAGCUGAGAAGGAAAAAGCUGAGAAGGACAAAAACGCUUCUGACAAGAAACCUGAAGGAUCUCACAAGGGAUGAGUUUGUCUGUCAUGUUUGCUAUCAAGGAUUCAAGUAAAUCGGAAUCUGUUACCAUUCCCAUUACAACUAUUACAGAAUGAAGAAGGCUAGAGAACUAUGGAGAAUUAUAUUUCUAUAAUGUGAUGAAUUAUGUUUGAUUGUUUAUGAAUUAUGGAUAUAAUAUUAUGUUUAGUUGUUUUUUAAUGUAAUUUGGGAUUAUCUUUGUUUUUUUAAA